AUGCGAGCUCGUAGAGCCGUAACCAGUUCUGUAUUAUACAUAUCUCGAACUCUUUCUUCUAGGCUGAAUCUAGAUGUAACGCUUGCUGCCAGCAGAUCCGAGUUUUGUAACGCACAACGCUUGGUGAAAGUUUCAUCAAGGUUGCUCUCGACAUCUACGAAUCCUCCCAACAUAAUAUCUCAGAGAUCGUAUAGUAGGCUAUCCUCAGAAACUGGAAGCAGAAGGCCACACCUCAUUGCUAGGAGGCAAAUCCCCAUUCAAGAAGAGAAAACAUCAAUACAACCAGCAACACCAAUACCACAACAGCUUAUACCGACUGUGCCCUUGGGUCUUGAAGGUGUCUUGAACAAUCCAGUGCUCGUCAUCACAAGACAACUGGAAAUGCUGAAUGUAUUGAUCGGUUUCGAGCAAGCCAACAAGUAUGCAAUCAAGAAUGCAGCUGGAACUGAUGUAGGAUUCAUUGCUGAAGAGGAGACUGCAUUCACUAAUGUUUUGAUGAGACAACUUUUACGAACACGAAGGCCAUUUGAAGCGGUCAUAUUAGACGCUGCAGGAAACAUAGUUUUGAAAGUGAAGCGGCCAUUGAAAUGGUUUUUGAACUCGCAGUUGUUUAUUCAUGACGCUCAAGACAAUGUGAUUGGAGAAGUGCAGCAAGUUUGGCAUCUUUGGAGAAGGAAAUACAACGUAUUUGUCGGAGCUCGUCAAUUUGGAAUCAUUGAUGCCGGCUUCUGGUCUUGGGAUUUCUUUGUUCAGGACAGAGACAAUACGUUCUUUGGAGCAAUACAAAGACAAUUCGGAGGAUUCGCGCGCGAGAUCUUCACCGAUACGGGCGCGUACUAUUUGCGCAUGGAUGGUCUAGACGGUACAUCAACUAGGCCCAUUACUCUUGACGAACGAGCAGUUUUGCUAGGAACUGCCAUAAAUAUAGAUAUAGACUAUUUCUCUCGCCAUUCAGGUAACAGCGGCAUGGGUAUUCCUCUACCCUUCUUUGGUGGUGGAUCUGAUGCAAGAUCCCCUACUACAACGAGCGAAGGAGUACCGCCGGUACCUUCAUCUGGAGGGUCAGGCGGGUUCCCGAUGCCUAUAAUCAUACCUGGAGGAUUUGGUGGUUAUGGUGGUAGUGAGUCAAGCAGUGAUAUUGGUAGUAGCAGCAGUGAAAGUACACCAUCAUCGAGCCCUCCUCCUUCACCCCCACCUACACCAACUGAGAACCAGUGGGGAGAUGAAGUCGCUCCUCGUGAUGAACCCUUCAUCAGCGAUGAUGACGCUGGGAUGGGUCAAACAGGUCAAGGAGGCAGCAGUUGGACGGAUUUCUUUGGUGAUCAGUGA